AUGACUGAUCCGUAUAACAUAGAGAACAUUAGUAUCUACAAAGUGGAAGCCAUGACAGGCAACGCGACCAUAUCAUAUCCCUUCACUGCUACAUGUCUGAAUAUCAACCUCACCCCACUCCUCCUAGGUCUUGCCGCCUCUACCGGCCUCCUUCUCGUAUUUUGGCUGGCUGGAAAACCCAUUGAGGGAGACUCUGGCAUCGAUACCAUUGGCGUCCUGCAGAUCGUAUGGCUAAUGCGUACACGUCCAGACCUGCAGAGGAUUGUUUCGGACGUCCACGAGCCUACUGUGGAGAAUCUGCGAGAGUCUGGAAUGGUGUACACGUCGAUGCAUUCGCAUGGCAAUGCCGAGAUGUGUCCGUUGACUGACUGA